AGUGUAUCACAGACUAUAUGUGCAUUAAACGUAAUUAGACGUUGGUGGAAAGUGGAUUCUUUAUGGACAGUUCUAGUUCGCGUAGUCUGCACACCGUACACAUAUCGAGAUAUGGUAUAAUAAAAACAUAGUUUAAACAUAAAUCAACAGUGACAACAAUAUAUUUUUAUAAAUAAUUAUUUGAAGUACAAAUUCUCCGAGGAAAAAAACACAAAGGCGACAAAUUUGGUUUCUCGAUGGAGAAACAGAAAUGGCUAUUCCUCACGUUGUUGCUGACGCACGCGUUAGCCGAACAUAGCACGACGUCAAGUAAUAAACGGUCGGACGAGUCAUCGACGGAACAGACAACGACGGCCCGCGACGGCGUCAUCGCCGAGUCCCGGAAAACGGAAAAACGAGGCCUGGAAAACUCGCUGGGCUACGGCCAUCCCGGCGGAGGAAGCGAAUCGUUCUCGCCCCCGGAGGGCACCAAAUUUCCGUCGUAUCCGUCGUUUGCCAACGGCCACGAGCGCGACGGAGCGACCAGCAGCCAAUCAUCAUCGGCGAGUGACGCGCCAGACCCGUUUGCUCAUUUCGCGUUUGGCGACAGGGAUCAUCAGCACGCCGGCGUAGGGGGUAAUGGUCACGCCGGGCACGGGGCGUCAGGCGCCGGCGCGAAUCACGGGAGCCCUUUAGGGAGCGGCACUAGCAACGGCUGGAUGGCCAGCCAUUUCAACGGAGGAGGCGGCGCCGGCGAGACAACGCAUGACGCUUCUGGCGGAUAUGGAAGUCAUGAUAGCGGCGGCGGUGGCGGUGGUGGUUUUGGGGCUCACGACGACGGCGGUACCGGCGGCGGGGACGGCGGGUUCGGUUUUACCAGUCACGGGUUCGAAGGGUAUGGUGGUGGCGAAGGCGGAGGCGGAGGAGGUGGCGCCGGUGGUCAUCACGAAGAAGGAGGAGGUGGAGGAGGCGGACACCAUGAAGGAGAAGGAGGUGGUGGUGGAGGCGGCGGCGGCGGUCACGGCGGUGGACACGGCGGCUUUGAAGACGACGGUGGUGGUUACGGUGGCCACGAAGGCCACGUCAAGACGGUGUACAUCACCAAAGAAGUGCCAGUACCUUAUCCCGUACACGUGGAAAAAAAGGUACUUUACCCCGUGCGAGUGCCCUACGAAAAACCCGUCCCGUAUCCCGUGCAUAAGCCCUAUCCGGUGCACAUCGAGAAACAAGUGCCCAUUCCCGUGAGGGUGAACGUGCCGCAGCCGUACCCGGUGACGGUGGAGAAACACGUACCGUACCCGGUGAGGGUGCACGUGGACAGGCCGGUGGCGGUUCACAUCCCAAAACCGUAUCCGGUGUACAUCGAGAAAAAAGUGCCCGUAUCCGUCGACAAACCCGUGCCGUACCCAGUGAAAAUCCCAAUAGACCGACCGGUGCCCAUCCACAUAACCGUAGAGAAACCGUUCCCGUAUCCGGUCGAGAGGAAGGUGCCCUAUCCGAUCAAGGUGCCCGUUGACCGGCCGUACCCGGUACACGUGUACAAAGCGUAUCCGGUGCACAUCGAGAAACCGGUACCGUAUCCCGUCAAAGUACCCGUCAAGGUGCCGUAUCCCAUCGAAGUCAGGGUUCCCGUGCACGGACACAAUCAACAUGGACAGCAAGGCCAGCACAUCCGGCACGAAGGAUAUCAAUGGGUUUAUGGAGGCGGAGGCGGAGGCGGUGGUGGCGGCGAUGGAGGAAGUUACCACUCGUCUAACUUCGACCACGGAUUUACUGGGUUCGGCAACGGUGGCGGCGGCGGCGGCGGCGAUUACAGUGGCCACGAACAAGACGGUUAUGGAGGCGGAGGCGGUGGCGGCCACGGUAGAAAAGGGGGCACAGGAGGUCGCGAUGACUUCAGAAGGCACGGGUGAUAACGUUACUACAAUUUACUACCAUUACUACCAUUACUACUAUAAUUAUUACUACCACUACGUACCAACAGUAAGUGAUCUGCUGCCAUUUUUAUGUAAUCGAGAGCUCAUCGCGCUGUAUGUCGCGAAAAGCAUUUUUGUUAGACUUAACGACGAAAAAAAUUAAUAAACCACUGAUGUCUGUAGGUAAUAUUAGUUGUACACAUUUUUGUCCAUUUUUUUAAACAUAAUUAUUAUUAUUUUAUGAUUGUUGUUAUUCUUAUCAUUAAUGUUAUUA